AUGGCAGCACCAGCCAACACUGACGCGCUCGGUCUGCUGAGCGCCGCUCUCAACUCGUCCAACAAGCAAGACGAGGCCCGUCAUCUCGACGAACUCUACCACCUUCUCAAAGUCCAGCCAGGCAACAUACCCAUCUUGUUGCCAUCCCUUAUAUCUCUCCUACCAAAAGCAAGCACAUCAUUGCGAACAUGGAUCGCACAGGUCAUGGAUCUCGCCUUCUGUCGGCCCGCCCUGUCCCAAGACACAAAAGCCACUCUCGCCGUACAUGCACCAGAGGCAAUACUCUUGCUCAUCAAGGAUCGAGACCCGCGUCUCGCAAAGAUCGCGGCGCAGUGCUUCGCAAGCAUGUAUCCCGUGCUCUUUCGCCUCGUAUGCAACGAUCGUACAAAGUCCAACCUCUGGCAAACGGUCCAGGCCAUCAAGGCCCAGGUCAUUCACCUCUUCGACAAUGGUAGUCAAGGUGCCAAGCUCGCCGUCAUUAAGUGCUACCAGCGCAUCGUACAGGUCCAGUCGCGAGGCUCCUCCGACCCUCGUGCUCAGCUCAAGAAUGAUGUCAGUCUCAGCGCCGUCCCUUCAUCGCAUCCUUUCCUCAAUGUCACCAACCUCGACGAAGAAGGCAACCGACUCUUCGCUCAGGUCGUCACCUUGAUCUUCACCAGCGACGUCACCGAUCUCAUCAUGGCUUCCAUCAACUCUCUCACCGUACUCGCCAAAGCUCGGCCGCAGCUCGGGUCGGUCAUUCUCCGUGCCAUGGCCACUUGGACUCCCGCCAGCCUCGGCAACCUCUCGCACACUCAGACGCGCAACGUGGAAAAGACGGUCCGCAUCUUCUACCUUCACUUCCUCAAGAACAACAUUGCAGGCGCAGAGACAAGUUCAAUACAGAAGGCGCUCGAGGCUCAGCAGCGUCGCAUGGAAGAAGCUGCCAAGGCCUAUCAGCUGAAACAGGAGGCCGAUGCCAAGCGCAAACGCGAGCAGAUCGACGAGGAGCUCCAAGAAAGCAAGAAGAUCAAGCUCGAGCACUCAUCGCAAGCUCCUGCAGUGGCGGCGGCACAGGAGGGAGAUCGUGCAUCAGGAGAAGCUUUCCGAAAUGCUUCCGUCAGAACCACCGGAGGUGUCGAGCGCAAUCCUUUGGCCGCAUUCGACGUCAAAACCUUGCCGAUCCCGCUUGUCAUCGAUCUCAUCCUUGCCAAUCUGCAGGCGCUUUCCGAUCACGACCUUCAUGCAGCCAUCGCCAACAUGCGUGCCAACCUUCCGCCAGACGCAUUCGCAUCGGGAGCACCCCAGCCAUCAGCAGCGGCAGCAUCGAUGCCGCCACCGCCCCCAGGUCCGGCACCUGGUCCACCGCCACCACGGCCUCCAACUAUGCCGAACGUCAAGGCCGAGGGAAAUGCAGGCGACGAGGACACGGUACAAGACCCGCUUCAGAUGGACAUGGCAGAGGAAGACCUCGAAGCGCUAGAAGCCAGCGGCCGAGAAAGGGACGCUCGCCGCGCUCAGGAAGAAGAGGAAGAGGAGGAGGAAGAGCUCUCGUUGGCCGUCAUCGAGAACUUUGCCCUCGCACCGCCCGAGUAUCUGUCCGUCGGCGAAUCCGACUCGGUCAUCAAGGACACGAUCGCGAGGAUAUGCGAGCUCGGCUCCUCGACGGCCGUCGACACCGUCCAGCCAGAAUCGGGCCCGCAGGCGCUUUGGUCUUCUCUGGUCAUCCGUCUCGCGACACGCGGAUUUGCCGAACCGCCUUUUGAUCCUGAGGCGUCGUCCGCUCAGCCCGAAACCAAGCUUGUUGGCGGCGUCGAGCCGACACGCACGCUUUCCACGCAGGCCGACAUCAUCCGCGCGUUGAUGCUUGAGUUCGUCAAGGCCGACUUUGCUCGCCGAACCCGAUUCGCAGUGACGUGGAUGGCGGAAGAGUGGUUUUGCGACCGAGUGCGCCGAAAGCAGGCCGCAGCAGCCGAGAUCACGAGCACGGAUCAGUACCCGCUCUGGCUCGAGAAGCUAGUGCAGGCCUGGGUUCCCAGCAUCGACGCCAAAGAUCGCUCACUUGCCAAGUUCCUAGCUGAUCUGCCCGAGAUCCCGCCCGCCGUGCUCGACCUGGUCGCAGCACUCAGCAAGGACAAGAGCAAGAUGGUCGCGGGCAUGUCGACGUUGCAGGACAUCUGCAUUUCGCGGCCAGCGCUUCGAGACCAGUCGGCGGACAAGCUGCUGCAGCUGACGAGGACGAGCGAACGAAGCACGCGCGCCAGAGCCAUCAUUGCCAUCAAGCAGUGUGCCGUCUCGAACAGCUCCCUCGAAGCUACCAUCCUAGCCUUUGCACGAAGCAACCUCGACAUUCUCAUCGAGACUCCGGAGCCGCAGGAAGCGCCUGCAGAGGACCAGACAGCCGCAGCAGCUGCAGAGGCGAAUGGCGACGCACCUGCUGCCAAUGGCGCGAACGGCUCCGCCAAGGCAGACCCUGACGCUACGGGCACACCCACACAAGAAGACGAAGAGGCAGAAGAAGACCGGCCAGAGUCAACGCACCCACACGACGGCGAAGACGUGCUCCGCUUUGUCGAGCUUCCCUUCUCGCUGUGCACUAAAAUCCCCGACAUGCUCGACGAGAUCUUCCAGACCUACCCGCGCACGCCUAAAUUCGUGCAGACUGCCAUCGAGACGCACAUUGUGAACCUCAUCCGUGCGCUCGGCCCGAACCACCCGCGCCUGCUGACGCUGCUGCGCAACUUUCCAGACGGUGCCGACUCGCUCGCGCUGUGCAUUCUCAAGACGCUCACCGAGAAGUCUCGCUCGCCUGCACUGGUCGACCUGGUUAAGGAGCUCGUCGACACGCGCGAUGUGGACCCACGCUUCCUCGUCCCCAUCAUGGCCGACCUGGACAAGUCCGAGAUCAUGAAGCGACUUCCGCGUGUAGUCACCAUUCUCGCCUCACGCGCACCCGAAGAUCGGGCGCUGAUCAAGUCGGUCUUCCAAUCCAUCGUCGUGCCACCACCCCAAGGUUUCGGAUCGGUCUCUUCGAAUCUGCCCCGUCUGCGCCAAACGGAGCUGCUGACGCCUGUCGAGCUGAUGGGCCUUCUUCACCACGCGGAGCGCGAGAUCGGACUCAAAUCCACCGUCGCCGCCAUCCAGAUCUGCUUCAGCAUGACGGACGUCUACCGCUCCGAGGUGCUCGCCGCUGUGCUCAACCAGAUUGCGGAGGACCCCGCCCUACCCAUGCUCUUCAUGCGCACAGUCAUCAUGGCGGUCUCGACAUACAAGUCGCUCAGUGGCUAUGUGGCACGCAACUUGUUGUCAAGAUUGAUUACGAAAAAGAUCUGGCAGAACGCGCCGCUGUGGGAUGGAUUUAUUCUGUGCGCCAAGCAGACGGCGCCGAGCAGCUUUGGUGCGCUGAUUCAGUUGCCCAAGGAGCAGCUGAGGGAGGUUGUAGGAAGGCAGCCGGAGUUGCGAACGGGGUUGGUGGAAUAUUUGACGGGUAAAGCGGGUGGGAACAGGGCUAGGUUGGCCACGUUUAUGGAUAUGCUCGGGCCUGAGCCUGGGACGGAGGGGCACGAAUCGGUCAACGGUGCUACCGCAAGUAGUUGA